UGCUGCACUUGACUUAAAUACUUGUGACGUCCAAGUGAAGUAGAGGUCAGACAGACAGCUGAUUAAUGUGUUUUGAACUCUCGGUACUGAACAAUGCAGUUUGAAGUGUCGAAAUUCUGAUAUUGCCGCACAAGAGAAGUACACGGAUAUCUAGUCCGAUCCCAAAUUUGUGAGCUCUCCAGACUCAGGGGCCUCCACCAUGGUCUAUCGUGGAAAGCCAAGCACCGGGUGUCAGAAUUGCCGGACGAGGCGCAUCAAGUGCGAUGAAACUCGCCCACACUGUAGAGCUUGUGUGCGGACGAAUCGGUUAUGCCCGGGGUAUCUAGAUCCAUUUGAUGUUAUGCUCCGAGAUCAGGUCGCCUUUAAACGCAAAAAGCGAGACACUCAGGUUUCAACUACAGCCUCAGCGAGUCCGGCCAAACUAGCUUCUCUAACCACCUCGGUGAUUGCGGCAGCGCCUGAAACCGCCGUGUCCCCCAAUGUGACCAGGGUAGAUUGGAUAGAUAUUGUAUUUGACAAAACCUGCAACAUACCGAAAAGCGUAAAUCUGCCUCUGGAAGACACGGUGGCAUCAUUAUUCUUUAGCUCCUAUCUAUAUUCACCCAAGGAUCCACUGAUUCGGGAAGGGUUCAUGGAAAUGGUGCCCCAUGCUUACGCAAACGCUCAGCCUGGGUCGCACUUGAAACUCAUCACGUUGGCGGUGUCUUUUUUCUCGGUGUCGGCGUGGACGGGCAAUCGGUCAUAUCUCCGAACCGCCGAACAGCUGUGCGUUCAAGCGAUAUCUAAAACCAGAGAAGCGAUUCAAGGCGGCAUCGACCAGAAUCAAGAUGAGAUUCUGAUGACGGUACUCUUGCUAUUGAUUUAUGAGGAAUUCUCAGCUAUGAAGGAGUGCAGGGCCCCAGGGAAGACCCAUUUACGUGGCGCAAUUGCCUUGAUAAAUAGUCGGAGUCAAGAUCAGCGGGAGACGGACCUCUCGAUAAUGUUGGAAAAUGCAGUGCAUGCACAACUUAUCAAAACAACCAAAGGGCUCGCGUAUCCUGUUAUGCAGACCCCCAAAGUCUGGCCGCCCGCGCCAGUUGCGCCCGAGUCGGCCUCAACUCAAUUAAUGAUGGCCACAUCUGACCUGGUCAGUCUACGACAAGCAUGGGACAAGCUUGCCUUGAACCAGCCCGCCGCCAAUGUCACAGAGCUCGAAGAGAUCCUCGCUCGGGCGAGGCAUCUGGACACCAAGCUUGUAGCUUGGACGCACGCCCUCCCGUCCCACUGGCAUCCCGUCUCUGCCACCAUGAUAUCAGAUUCCGUCCGCAAGGCAGGCAUGUACAAGAACCGAUGUGACUGCUACGCGGACAUCUGGAUCGCGAGCACAUGGAAUUUCUACCGCGACUCGCGCAUUGUCAUCCAGAACAUCAUCCUCAAUUGUCUGCGCCUCCUAUCGCCGCGCAUCCGGAGCGACGAGAUUCAGUGCGCCCUGGACACCAUCCAAGACCUUGCCACCGGCAUUUGCGCCACCAUCCCAUACUUCCUUGGAAGCCAGUCGAAGCCAGCGCAGAUGGGCAUGGAGAAGAUCGACUAUCCCGAGGCGGAUGCUCGACGGGUCACCGCGGGCCACCGGCAGACAUCGCCACUUCUGGGGGGAUGGCUGGCAUCGACGAAUCUGUUCAAUAUGACUAUGCUACCUCUGACGGAUGAGCUGCAUGCUUGGGUCUUGGAACAGAAGCAGCGGGUGCUGCGGAUCUAUACCUUUGGCUCCGUAGAGGGCGUCCGAUGAUGGAAAGUAUGGCGUACAUGGCUAUGGCCAGUCCAACAAGUUGUCAUAGAGUCUCUGCCUUCACUGGAUCUCUUUUAUUGGGAAUUGGACCGACGGACGGUUUUCAAGUCGACACCAGCACAUGUGGAGAUGCGCAUCUCACGAGCUCUGAUGUGCCGAAACUCCUAUACUCUGACGAAGCGAGAAACUCGGUUGGGUAAUAAGUAUGCUGCACGAUAAAGUGACCCAAUGUGGGCUGGGUGUUAUGCGCAUUACUGGCGAAGUGGCAACCGUCUUGACCUACAGAACACCCGCCAGUUCUCUCCCGGCUCUACCCAUGUCAUUGCGAAAUAUUGAGCAUAAACCAC